AUGGAACAAGAGAACUCAACUGGAGUUUCAUCUUUUCUUCUUCUGGGAAUCUCAGAGAAACCAGAAUUGCAGCCCCUCAUCUUUGGAAUUUUCCUGUCUAUGUACCUGAUCACCGUGUUGGGGAACCUACUCAUCAUCCUGGCCGUCAGCUCAGACUCCCACCUCCACACGCCCAUGUACUUCUUCCUGUCCAACCUGUCCUUUGUGGACAUCUGCUUCACCUCCACCACUAUCCCCAAGAUGCUGGUGAACAUCCAGGCACAAAGCAAAGCCAUCACCUAUGAAGGUUGCAUUGCCCAGUUGUAUUUUUCUGUACUGUUUUCAGGACUGGAUGAUUUUCUCCUGACUGUGAUGGCUUAUGACCGUUAUGCGGCCAUCUGCCACCCCCUGCACUACCUGGCCAUCAUGAACCCCCAGCUGUGUGGGCUGCUGGUUCUGGUGUGCUGGAGCAUUUGUGUCCUGAAUUCAACAUUAUUAAGUUUAAUGGUCUUACGUCUGUCCUUCUGUACAAACUUGGAAAUCCCCAACUUUUUCUGUGAACUCAAAGAAGUGGUUCAACUAGCCUGUUCCAGCACUUUUGUUAUUAACUUGGUUUUGUAUUUUAUGUCUCUGUUUCUGGCCGGGGGUCCCUUGGCUGGGAUUCUUUAUUCUUACUCUAAGAUCUUCUCCUCCAUACAGAGAAUCUCCUCAGCUCAGGGGAAGAAUAAAGCAUUUUCCACCUGCACAUCUCACCUCUCCGUGGUCUCCUUGUUUUACUGCUCAGCCAUAGGUGUGUACCUGAGCUCUGCUGGUGCCCUCAGCUCACAGUCAAGUACCAUCGCCUCGGUAAUGUACACGGUGGUUGCCCCCAUGCUGAACCCCUUCAUCUACAGUCUCAGGAAUAAAGACAUUAAGGAGGCUCUGAAAGCAUUCUUUUAG